AUGCGACCAGGCGCAUCCAGACUCAGCUAUCUGUGUCUACACUUGUUUGCGUUCUGCUACUACGCUCAGGUAACCAAUCAGUCCCCGCCUAAUUUCACGCAGCAUGUAAGCGAGCAGAGCAAAGUGACGGACCGCGUGAGCCGCAGGUUGAUCCGGGUCUACCAGCUGUACAGCCGGACCAGCGGCAAGCAUGUGCAGGUCCUGCCCAACAAGAAGAUCAACGCCAUGGCCGACGACGGAGACGUUCACGCUAAACUCAUCGUGGAGACGGACACGUUCGGGAGCCGAGUGCGCAUCAAGGGAGCCGAGACGGGCUUCUACAUCUGCAUGAACAAGAGGGGGAAGCUCAUCGGCAAGAAUAACGGACACGGCCGCGACUGCAUCUUCACGGAGAUCGUGCUGGAGAACAACUACACGGCGCUGCGCAACGCCCGCUACGAGAGCUGGUACAUGGCCUUCACCCGGCGCGGCCGGCCGCGGAAGGGCUCGCGCACGCGCCAGCACCAGCGCGAGGUCCACUUCAUGAAGCGGCUGCCCAAGGGGCAACAGCCCGCACACACGAGCCACCACCGCCCGUUCGACUUCGUCCACUACCCCUUCAGGCAAAGGACUAAGCGCACGCGCUACUCGUCGGAGCGCUGA